AUGGCAACCGCUGGCCCUUUUCGUAAGAAGCGCGGCCUAAACAGAACUGGUGUCACUCGAGUCUUAGCACUAUUGACGGACCUCCUGCGGCAACAGGAUCAUGACGCCUCUCAGGUUAAUGGGCACAUAAAUUACCUUGUGUACAAGGAGGCAAUACAGUCGAAGCUCGAUGGUGUCAUCCUUGUGACCACAGAUGGAGAAAUUAUUGACCAUGAAAUAGGAACAGUGCAGGAAUACAACGAGAAAAUUCUCUACACGAUGUCGCGCGCCAAGUUCAGGCUUCAAGAACUUGAGAGGGCGGCCAGAACGCAGACUCAAGCAACUGAGCCUGGGCACACCUACCUCAGAUAUCUGAACUCCGCCGACGCAGCAGGCCAGGUGAAAAAGCACAGUCAGCGUUCAGUGAAACUACCGAAGCUACAGAUAUCAACUUUUGAUGGCAGUCUCCAUAGAUGGCAGUCUUUUUGCGACAAUUUUGAUGCUACUAUCCACAAGAACACUGAGCUGCCACUCAACGAAAAAUUUAAGUACCUCCUCACCUACUUAACUGAGAGCGCAAAGCGAGCUGUCGGAGGCAUCCGUCUACCGAAGCUAAAUUCCGACCCUGCAAUCAAGAACCUAACGGAUCGCUUUGGACACCAGGAUCUGCUUGUGAACGAGCAUGUUGAUCACCUCCUUGCGGAAAGCCUCGAGAAAAGCUCGUCAGAGUUCUCAAAGCUUCGUCUGCUUCAUGAUAAUGUGCAGUUCCACGUUAUUGCCUUGGAAGGCUUCUGA